CAUCCCCCUCCUCUACUCCUCCCCUCCUCAACCACCAAGCCUUCUGGGUGGCACCCUUCCCCUUUUUAUACCACUGUGAAGUUGGGGCCCUAGGUCUGUCGCUUUGGCAUGGUAGUGGUGGAAUUUCCUACCAAGUAACCUAGCAAUAUCCACUGAAGACGGACAAGCUGGACCUCUGUGGAAAGACAGUUUUCCCCUCUUCCCCCUUUUCCAUGAAAGAGGCAGACAACGACAGCAUGGCACAAAAAGAGAAGCUCCAAUGUCUGAAAGACUUCCACAAGGACACUUUGAAGCCUUCCCCCGGGAAGAGCCCGGGCACGCGGCCGGAGGACGAGGCCGAGGGGAACCACCCUCAGCGGGAGAAGUGGGCCAGCAAGCUCGACUUUCUUUUGUCUGUCGCGGGUGGAUUCGUCGGUUUAGGCAACGUCUGGCGCUUCCCCUACCUCUGCUAUAAGAACGGUGGAGGUGCGUUUCUCAUCCCGUACACCAUCUUCCUGUUCGGAGGAGGCCUGCCCGUCUUCUUCCUGGAGGUGGCCCUGGGCCAGUACACCUCCCAGGGUGGCAUCACCUGCUGGGAGAAGCUCUGCCCAAUCUUCACUGGUAUCGGCUACGCUUCAAUUGUUAUCGUCUCACUGCUCAACAUCUACUACAUCGUGAUCCUGGCCUGGGGCUUAUACUACCUGUUCCAGUGCUUCCAGCCAGAGCUGCCCUGGGCCAAGUGCAACCAGCCCUGGAACACACCGAACUGCGUGGAGGACACCCUACGCAAGAACAAGACUCUCUGGCUGGCCGCCAACUAUACCAACUUCACCUCCCCCGUCACCGAGUUUUGGGAGCGUAAUGUCCUAAACAUCUCUGGGGGUAUCGAGGAUAUUGGGGAAAUUAAGUGGGACCUGGCCUUGUGUCUCCUGGCUGUCUGGGUCAUCUGCUUCUUCUGCAUCUGGAAGGGUGUGAAGUCUACCGGGAAGGUGGUGUACAUUACUGCCACCUUCCCGUUCUUCAUGCUCAUUGUUCUCCUGGUCCGUGGUGUCACUCUACCAGGGGCAUCCAAGGGCAUCGCGUUCUAUCUGUACCCCAACUUGACCCGUUUGGAGGACCCAGAGGUUUGGAUUGAUGCAGGCACACAGAUUUUCUUCUCGUAUGCCAUUUGCCUGGGGGCAAUGACAUCGCUGGGAAGCUACAACAAGUACAAAUACAACUGCUACAGGGACUGUUUGCUGCUGGGAGGCCUGAACACGGGAACCAGUUUUGUGUCUGGCUUCGCAAUAUUUUCCGUCCUGGGCUUCAUGGCACAAGAGCAAGGGGUGGACAUUGCCGAUGUGGCAGAGUCAGGUCCUGGCUUGGCUUUCAUCGCUUAUCCAAAAGCUGUGUCUAUGAUGCCCCUGCCCACCUUCUGGGCCGUCCUUUUUUUCAUCAUGCUUCUGCUUUUGGGGCUUGACAGUCAGUUUGUCGAGGUGGAAGGACAGAUCACUUCUCUUGUUGAUCUCUAUCCAUCCUUCCUAAGGAAGGGUUACCGGCGGGAAAUCUUCAUAGCUAUAGUGUGUUUCCUGAGCUAUCUUCUGGGCCUAACCAUGGUUACCAGAGGUGGCAUGUACGUGUUUCAACUGUUUGACUACUAUGCAGCCAGUGGUGUGUGCCUUUUGUGGGUUGCAUUCUUUGAAUGUAUUGCUGUAGCCUGGGUUUAUGGCGCUGAUAAUUUCUAUGAUGCGAUUGAGGACAUGAUUGGCUAUCGACCAAAUCCCUGGAUGAAGUGGAGCUGGACUAUCAUCACCCCUACCCUCUGUGUGGGCUGCUUUAUCUUCUCCUUGGUCAAGUACAAGCCUUUGACAUACAACAAGGUCUACGAGUAUCCGGACUGGUCCAUUGGUGUUGGCUGGACUUUGGCUCUCACUUCCAUGAUCUGCAUCCCCAUGGUGGUCGUGAUCAAGAUACUUCAGUCAGACGGACCCCUGAUCGAGCGGAUAAAGGCGGUGGCAGCCCCGGUGAGAGGAGGUGCAAGUUCCUGCCCGGCUAAAUACCGCACCAAGGCCCCUGAGCUGGCCCACCCUCUGGACCCUAAUGGGAACAAUGGCUUAAUGAUGCCCACCCAUACCAUUGUAGAAACCAUGAUGUGAGCGCUCUCUGUGAGAGGAUUUGAAAAAAAAAAAAAAAAAUAUGACCCACUUUCCAUGUUAUAUAUAUAUAUAUAUAUAUUAAAAAAAUAUAUAAAUAUAUAUAUAUAUAUAACGGUAUAUAUAUUUGCUAACUCUGAAAUAGUCGUAGGACCAGGUUUACAUUGCUACGUAUCUGCACUAGGAGUCUCUUUUUUUCUAUGGAGGAAGUUAUAUGUAGUUUUUUUUUCUGUCCAUGUUUUUAAUAUUUUUAUCAUAAUGUUAUUAUUAUAUUUCUAUGAUUAUAAUAAUAAUUAUCAUUGCUAUUAGUAUUGUGACUGUAAUCAGCUAAAGGCUUGGCCUCAGUCACCAAAAGUACCUUGGAAAUAGAGUGGUAAAUGUUUCUGUUUUUUUUUCUGUUUUUUCUUCCUUUCUGUAAAUAAUGGGUUAUACGUAGUCUGGUUUUCUUUGAGGGUGGACAGAUUAAUAAGCAAACAUACUAAAGGACCGUAUAUAAAUAUAUUUUGGGUAUUAGAAUUCAACUAAGCAUAUGUUGUGUUUAAGAGUAAUGUUGGUGUAGCUGUAAAACAUACUAUUAUCUCCCUCCACACAGUUACAUACUAUAUCUUUAUGUUGUGGAGUUGUCCGUGUAUGGUAAAGUUAGUUUUACGUGUUGCUAUCCAUGAUGUUUGUUGUACCCAAGAGCUGGUGUUAACUUCAUCCAGCUCGAGGCCAGGCAACACUAUCAGAGUCUGCCAGGCUGCCCCGAUGUCCUAUCUGUGUGUGUGCACUAAUCUCACAGUGAUGACGGACGGCAGCCAAGCAAGGACACUACUGCGAACCCCCCCCCCCCCCAGCCUACCCCACUCCACUGUGCACGGGUGAUUGCCACCUACACACCAAAGCCCUAUACUUUCUCCUCCCCUCGUAGUGUUUACACCUCGCGAUUCCCACAACGCAAGAUCAGACGAUUCCAUCACACUAACUCUAACUAGCAGCACAUUACUCUGCUCUGCCCUGUCCUCCCGUCCCACGUGGAGAGAAACACAUCGCUCAGGCAGAGCAGCCUCACUGCCCAUAAUCCCAACAUGUCAAUAAGAGCCUUAAUCAAAAUCACUUGUCCAUGGUUAAAAACACACACACACACACACACACACACACACACACACACACACACAAACCCAGACCUCUCUAUUCACACUCCCUCAGACCACCAUAUCUCUGCUAUUUUCCAUUUCAGUCCACUCUUGAACAUAGUACAUCAUAUCAGCACGUUCUCUCUUUUUUUUCUUUUUUAAAAAUAAGAAUCGAUCAUCAAUACAUAGAUGGUCGAAAGAACACCACAUGUAGACACGGGGCACAUUCCUACACGGGAAUGCUGCAAUGUGAAACUCAUUGUGUCUGUCAAAGUAGCAGUCUUUAUUAUUACAUUGGGAGGUAGUCUCUUUUUUAUGGUAUUCAGAUAUAUUUUAUGUUUAUUCUAUUUUGUUUAAAAUCACAUUUGCCUUUUGUAUUGAAAAUGUAAAAUGUGUUUGACCACUCUGUUAACAAUUACCAAUAUCUCUCAGAGGGAGGGGUUUUACAUACAAUAAUUAAUCAACAAAGCUUGCAGCAAUUUCUAAUGUGCAAUAUUUUGUAGGGAAAUAAGCAUAUUUUUGUUUUUCUCAAAAGGUGGUACUUUAUCAGAAUAUAUACUGAGCAGAACUUGGAAGAAAUUAAUUUAGGGGCCAACGAAAGCUACCAUAAAAAUGCUUUGCCACAGUAACACUGAAAACUGUAUAUGACCAAGACAGCUUUUCUGUUUAUUUAAACCUGAAAUGAAAACUUCUGAAACCAACAAAAUCGUAUUCUCAACUGAUUGAAUUCUCUUUUUUUGGGUGGGGGGAUAGACUGAAUUGGCCUCACAAAAAAAGGGCACUACAGCCCUUAAGGCAGCUCACUUCAGUGUCAAUCUUGGCCAGAGUCUGCUGCUGCCUGCUGGUAAAGACAUCAGCCAAAAUGGCAGCGUGACUCUCAGCUACUAGCUACUUUAGACGACCUAAGAAGAAAACAGCUAGUGGGGUGGUACCCUUGAGGUGCUUUUGUUUUUCUGUGAAGUCUGUUCAUUUGAUUGAGAUGAAGACUUGAAAUGAUCCAGUUCGAGAGCUUGCAGGAGAGGCUUGUAGGGAUGGCAUGGCCAGCUGUUGGAGCCCUCACUUCCUGUCCACCCCCCCUCGAGGCCUCUCCCCUUCAGGGAUCUUACCUAUCUGUCUUUUUCGUGAGGAAAAAGUAUAGUACACAGUAAAUGUUUUUGAAGUCUAUGAAGCGAGAUUUUAAUCAAAAAUUUUGGGGAAAAAGAAAAUGUUUCAUUUAUUUUUUAUUUUUUAAAUGAACCUGUGAGACAAAAAAUUGAAAUGUAUUAGAACAGGUUUUACAGUACCUAAAACCUUUUUUUUUAUUUCAUAAUAAACAUUAUUCUUUUGAAAAA